AUGCUCUUGUUCUUGGUGUUUGCCCUAGGUUUGGGGACAGCGUUGUCGUCUCAACCUGUCAUACCUUUCAACUGUGACGACCCUCUAACGUGCUUCGAUGGCUACCUGCAUCCGCCAUCCUACGUCACGUGUAUCGCAUUGGGUCCACCAAACUCAACCACAAUCCAACAAUCUGAUCCCACAGCAGCGUCAUACACUCAGUCCAAGGGACAAAUCAACACUCUAUCAGGACCGAUCCCAUUUCAGUUGUCUGCAGACAACAUCUUCAUUUGGUAUCGCAAGGCUCUCAAAUACCUUGGAGUGUGUAUGGACUAUCUUCACAGCACCACUGUCCCCAGCAUUAACGAUCGAGUAAGCACCCUGGAUCUGUUGUGUGCUGCCUACGUCGAUCCAGCUACUGGAAAGAACCUGUGCACUGCCCUUCAGCAGAAAGCUGUCUGUGGUGUGGAUGACAGCAGAGGACUCCAUUACGUUCUGGUUGAAGCGCUUUGGGCUUCAGACUCUUCCAUCAAGACAAGUCUGAGCAAAAUGCUCUGCGAUGGUUCCUGCAUCAGAGACAUAAUUGAUGUCUACACACCCAUCUUCCAGCAGUGGGGCUAUUACGAUGUAUCAGUGGUUAACAAAAUCGCUUCUUUGAACAGUUUGUGCAAUGCAGAUGUUCAGAUCGAUGGUUACUUCUACGCAAUGAGCUAUGGUAUGACAAGCCAAGUUCAGUGCAGCACCAACAACGUCACUCUUGCCUUCACUACAUCCGUCACUCUACCAAAAGAUUCGGUGUUGACCAUCGUGGGAAUCAACUCACCAAUCGUUGGUGGAUUAUCUAAAGUGACUGAGGCUUCUAAUCUGUUAUCAGCUCGGAAUACGGGAAUGCUGCAGGCAUUGGUUGCAUCUCAUGGAAUUCGAAUGCAUCGGAACUCUCCUUACAAAAUGCGUUCUUCUGUAGCGAAAGCGUCACUUGUUGCCUCUGGUGUUUUUAUUCCAAUCGCAAAUUUCUCUUUUCCGGACAACUUCAUGAGCAAGUUCAUGCCUGAAUUUACAGAAUUUGCUGUUGCUGAAUCCCAGUGCAAUGCUGCAGUUUAUGACCCUGCAACCAAGACUUGGACUGGCAACUGCGUUGGAAUGAAAAACAUCGUUUCGAUUUCCUUCAAGUCAAAUAUUGACCUUGAGCCAGGAACCACGCUUACCAUUCAGGGAUUAGUUCGUUCCUCGACAGUUGCUUUGAAUCCACCUACUUUUGUGGGUGUCACGCCAGUUGCAGUAGCGCUUUCGAUUGAAGAUUGGAUUGUAUCGACGGGCACAGUCAUUCUCAAGAUUGCUGGGGGAUCGUCAACGUCAAUGAAGGCGAAUGUCCUACAGACUGUACAGCUUGCGUUUGAUAUGCCAACCAAACCAAGCUCAGAUUCCACCGUACUCACCUUGAGUGCAUCCAACAUCGCAGGAAUUGAAGCCUGCUCUUCCCUAUCUACGACAAUCCCAGCUACAAUUCUGCAGUCGCAGGUUUUGACAACAACGCCGAAGAUAGUUCUUGCCGAGCUUACUCAGAGUGACUGCAACCCUGCUUCCUGUGCAUCGUUCGUCUUUUCUUUUGCAGUUAACUCUGAGAUCACAUACUUGAACAACCAAUCCAUCUACUCCUUCUACCUGGAUGGCUUUAAUGGAUUCACUGGACCCUGCACAUCACCAUCUUGUGGAUCUGCCUUGAAUGUGAUUACCCUGCUUGAUGGAGUGUCAGGUUCUAAUGACAAAUACUUGUUCGAACGCGUGUCAUCGUCUGCACGCGCAGAAGCUGAUUUUGAUGCAGCCAAUGGAACACUGCAGAUGCAUUUGUCGCGAGAUGCGGUUUUGAAGCCUUACACUGUUUACUCUGUCAAAUUCAAUCUCAAGUCUGAAUAUCGUAAUGUCACCAGCAAGUUCUAUGUAGAGGGCUUCUCCCAGUCGCACUCAUACAGUCACUUGCCACAGGACUGUCUUUCAACCUCUCCUGAUUGCACUGGAAUGCAAAUUGUUACCAAGAUUUUGAGCACUGCCUCGAAUCAGCGCAUGGGAGUUUGCGGACCUGAACUCGUGGCUCGUACCAUCAAACAAUCUUACCCAUGGCCAGGUUGUGGAGGGCCAACGUCGUACACGCAAUAUACACUCAGCGAUAGUGAGUAUGUCCCGUCUGCUUUCAGAGCACAAGAGAAAAAUCUGAACAACACACACAACACUUUCACUCUCAGCUUCACUCCAAAUGUGGAUGUCCCAUCUUCUGCAAUGGUCACUUUGUACAACUUGCAAGGCAUAGUACGUAUCUCGAAUGACGUGGUGGGACUCUACCGUCAGAUCAAUGAAAACACUACUCGUUUCGAACCCUUGAACUCUGUCAUCAACAGUACUCAAAGGGAUGUUGUAUUUAUGCUGAUUAACAACGUCACUGCCAACACUGAGCACACUAUAGUGUUUCAGGUCACGAAUGAUGUAAUCCAGUCCACUCCAAGCCCAAUUUCAAUCAGCAUAGCAUGGAAAGUUGAUGGUAAAAAUAUCAUGAUACCUAAAGUAGUUCUGAAGGAUGCUGUUGUGUCUGCCAGCGACUUCGUUACUGUUGCAGACCUUGUGGCUUCCAGAGUCAAUGCCCCGGCAUGGAUCAUUCGCAAGAUCAAGCAAAGCACGCCGUUCCCGAACACCAACAAUACCAUCUCAGUGGAGCUGGCUGCUAACGUGGAGUUUCGCCAGGGAGCCAAAAUCACGCUUAGGGGCCUGGUAGGAAGUCAGACUGCAUCUACAACUCAGCUGAUGAUAACGAGUACUGGCGUCGCUCUCAACCAAUACGCUACCUGGGACAAGGAUACAGGAAAAAUUGUUGUAACUCUUGCGGGGCCAUAUGACCCUUAUGCGUCAAACUCAAACAAAAUCAUGUUCUCCUUCACCAUUUUGAACCCUUGCUCCUGUCAUAUGAGCCAGGACAUCUACGUCGACGUAAACGACAAUGCUUUCGCCGUCACUGCCUCGUACGCUUGCCAAGUUGUCAACUACACGGAAUCAGUUGUCACAAACUGGACUGAGACAUACUACCUUGAUGGAACCUGCAAGAAUACCCGUGAAAUGUCGAAUGUCACCAACUACACAAUGACCAAGAAUGGAUCUUGCACUUGGACAGCCCAGGCUUCUGGAAAUGACUGCUCGCUGCCCCCAGAAGCCAUGAUGGUUCUCGCAACUGUGUCCCCCAGCUGCAAGAAGUGUCCUCCUGCGGAUUGCACCGACUGCGCCAAGUGCAAUGUUUGCGGCGAUUGCAAGACAGACUGUGUCAACAACGAUUACUUCCCUCUUCAGGUUCACAAACCUGCUUUCUUGACCAAAGAGGUCUACCAGUCUUCCAGCGUUCCAGGAGCGGACAAUGAAAUCACCGUCAUCUUCUCAACAAACCUUGACCUGCCGUCCACAGCUAAGGUGGAGGUCUCCGGGUUUGCAGGAGCCAUUUGGAAGUCCUCAGCAACUCCAAGUGCCUUGACAACUGUGAGCGGAGUUGUUCCAUCGGACAAGACUGACAAGACCAACUACACUUUGGGCUCUUUGAAUUUGAGCACAGUGACCUGGGACGACAAGACACAGACCGCGACCCUCGCUCUCUCUGACGGCACGUCAGCAUCAACUCUCUAUGCGUUCAAGUUCACUGUGACGAACCCAAGUGUUGCGCAGCGAGCCCCUGAGUUGCAGAUCUGGGCUACCAAUGUGUGCAACUGCCAAGGAACCACAGGAAUCGACAAAUGCUGUGUGAUGUAUGAUUCGAAAGAUACUGCCAUGCAACCUAUGGCCGUUGAUUAUCCCAAGUUCGAGGGCAUGUCGAUGUCGCAAUCGUCACCUCACAUCUCUGCCCUCAACACCCUCACCCUCCAAUUCAAAGUUAACAUGGCCUUGUCCUAUCCCAACAAGAUCACCGUUGCUGGUCUUCUGGGCAGCACAACCCCCAAGAAUUCUGCGAUCAAGAUCACUGUCAUUACCGGGGGGGCUGUAAUUGACGAUUAUGGAUCUUGGGAUCCUGAAACUGGGCAUCUGAUCCUUUCGUUGGGUGAAAACCAGAAGUUGGCCGCGAAUUCUUCGUGCAAAGUUUCGUUUGAGUUGCAAAACCCUCCGUAUGAGCAGAAUUCUCCCACCAUCGUUAUCUCAAGCAAAGGAUUCCUUCCACAGGUUGUUGACGCGGGCACAGUCCAGGACAGCAAGCCCCUGUUCGUUAAGAGACCGGAAAUCAAGGCAACGGUUGUGCAGAGCACCACUGAACCUGGCGCUCUGAACACAAUCACGGUCACUUUGAACUCUAACACUCCCAUCCGUCCUUCGACCAGAUGCAGUUUCCAGACUGGACUUGACUGUCAAAGACAAUCUAGAUUCAUCAUCAGGGGCUUGAACGGUGCAAAAGCGCAGGAUGGCCCCCUUGCGAUUUACUCGAACAGCAGCUCUACUAUGUUGCUCAAGUCUUCCCCCCAGGGAGUUCCUGGCACUGGCAUGUGGAACUCGACCAAUUUCUCGCUCACCUUGUAUGUGGUUGGCACUCUGAGUGCUGAUGAGAAUCAUGUCUUCUCCUUCAAGGUGCACAACCCUAACCUCGGACAAACUUGCUCACCCACGGAAAUCCUGGCUGAAUACUUGGAGUUCGAGAUCGAGGGCUGCACUUUGGACAUCGAUACGAACCAGAGGUACUAUGUUGUUCCCUCAUACGUCCCCUGCACUUCUGGAGUUGGCAAUGCCUGCGCCAUCACAGUUGUUCCGCCUAAAUUCACCGUGAGCUCGAUCGCCGACUGCUCUGAUGUUGUGGGUGCAAUCAACACUGUCACCAUGUACAUCGCAGCGAAUGUGCCUUUCAAGAGUGGUGACAUGCUCGAGAUUGAGGGGCUGCAGAACUUCGUUAUGAAGGACGUCGUCGCUUUGACAGGAAAGGAUGCUGCUUUCUUUUCUGGGAUCGCACGUUUUGAUCUCUUCAACAAGAUUCUCCACCUUGAGUUCGGUUCUGGAGCCGAUGUAUCUGCUGGUCAAAUUUUGACUGUCGAAAUGCAGCUGCAGAACUCCAAGAUCCCUCGCUUUGGAAGUGAGCUCUACAUCUGGCUGCGAGGCAAUAACUUCGUAAUUCCCCGAACAAAGAUGUCUGGCCAGGUUCUGGCUUCCAGAUUCAACGCUUCGUUCGAAACUGCCAUGGUUUCAGAGUCUAUGUCUGUGCAAGGAUCUUGGAACAUCAUCUCCGUCUUGUUGAAGACAAACACGUACCUCCGCCCUGGAACUCAGAUUGUCAUCUCUGGAUUCGCCAGCACACAUUUCUCGAAGUUCAUGAUUCCUUCAUCUUCUGUACGAGGAGACGAAGGUUUUUAUGGUGCUGGCUCAAUCAACCUUGGUACCAACGGCCAGUUCCUCGCUAAUGCCAGCUGGGAUGCUUCUACCGGUACCAUCACUGGUCACAUUCACUCUACAUGGCAUGCACACUCAUCACGACUCAUCGCGUUCCCAGUGCUGAACAAUCGUGCUCCUAACAGUGCCCAACUGAAUGUCCUUGUUUCAGCACGGUGCCCUGCGAUGCCCAUCGCAGGUUCCACGAUGUCCGCUUGUCCUCCAGGGAGCAUUGUCAUCCCCCCGACCCCUGUGAGUGGAGGUGAUACGAUCUUGCACUCUGAUAUCAAGGCAGACUUCCCUGUCAGGAUGAUUGGUCAGAGCAACCCUUAUCCCGGCGAAGUCAACGUCAUCACACUUACUCUCUCUAGCAACUUCGAGUUCCGUGCCAACUCCGGUCAGAACCUCAUGUUGACUUUGUAUGGACUUGUUGGGCUGCCAAACGUCACCAGCUCUAUCUGCCUGAAAGCGAAAGCUUCCAACACUUACUACGACCAGGCCAUGAGCUCUGGUGACUUGCCAUUUGCGGGAGCUUGCAUGAACUGCGCCUGCAACACUAGCGAUUGCAACGCCUUUUUCAAGGUAGCAACCUUGAGUGAUCCAUACGUCAGCAUGUACAUCAGUGGCGACAUGCAGGCAGGACGCAAAUAUGUCUUCUCAUUUGAGAUCAAGAACCCGUCCCAGCAGCAAUCAUCUCCAUUAAACAUCAACCUCAGGCUGAAUUGGAAUGACGUGACUGCUUUCAAUGUCCCUAUGCAGAAAGAUAUGUACGGCAUUCCUACAGGUGUAGUGGAUGCGGCAGUUGGAGACUCUGCUCCUCUCUUCAUCAGGUCGAGCAUCUUUUCUAGCAUGUACAUCUACCAAUCGAACUCGAACCCUUGCGCGAAGAACAAGAUCUGCGCCAGGAUCAAACCGUCUGUCCCCCUGUCAGCUGAGGCCGGCCACGUCAUCAUCAUGUCAAAUUUCGUCAAUGCUGUUGUGACCGGAACAGAUGUUGCCAUCGAGGUCCCCUCGACCUCUUACUCAACGCAACUCUUCCAGACUGCGUCAGGAGCUAUCAACUACGGAACUUGGAGUGAUAGCAGCAAGUCUCUCACUUUGAAUCUCUAUUGCAGGCUAGAGCCCGGACAAAAUUAUGACUUCUGCUUCACCGUGCAGAAUCCGGAUCUGUAUCAACCUGCUGCGAUUGUGAACAUCAAAGCAAAGCAAGAUGGUACCAAUGUUGCCAUGCCCAACAAGACAGCUGUCAACUUUGAUGUGAAAACGGCACCCAUGUUCGUUACCAAGGGGGAAUUCUCAACCUUCACCGUCUCCCAGUCUUCGAGAAAACCUUGUGAUACCAAUGAUAUCACGAUCUCGUUCACCAUCAACAUCGACAUCGUGUGUGAUCCUGAAAUCACCAUCUCUGGUCUUGAUGGUACCAGCCUAGCCUCGAAUCUGACGCUGGAUGACACCUUGAGUGCUGUUACGAUGCUAAACGAGGGAAGCUUCAAGUUCUAUUGGCCGGGUAACGUCACCCAAGGAAGUCACACGGUCAAGUUCACGAUCAAGAACGACAAUGUGGCAAGGACUCACUCGGUGCAGAUGAACAUCGCUAGAUUUCAGAUGAUUUCUCGAACAUCCGAUUUCACCGUUGAUGCUCCUGCCAUUAGUGGCUAUUCACUCACCCAGCAGACGCAGUGGCCUGGGGUUCAGACGGCAGUUAACGUCAAGUUCCAGAUUAAUGCCGGAAGUUACUCGAAGGCAAACGAUGCAGCCAUUACUUUGAGAGGAUUGCCUGCAUCUUGGUUCGGUGCUUUCACCAUUGGCGCAAGGAACAAGGGAAUCGAGUGUGUCAUCCCUCCUUUCCCGAAUGUCAGCACGACUGCUUCUGUGAACAACACAAACAGCUCCAACAGCACGGGAAGCUCCAACAGCACGAAUAGCUCGCUAAGCUCGAGCACGGCAGCCAACACAAGCAACAUCUCUGAUACCUACAUUCUCUUUACGAAUCAGAUGGCUUCUGCUCGAUUCUCAAACGUCAAUGCAAACAAUGCAGAUCAUUUGGUUUGCGUCAGGUACUCGCAUGACGACAACACUUGGCAGUACUACGGUAAGAGUGCAUGGCAUGCUUUCAGUACUACAAGUACAGAUGUACAAUUCCUUGCCUUCAUGGUGAAUCCGGGGGGCAAUGCAUCAGCUUUAUCGAGCAGUGAAAGCAUUAUGGGCAUUGAUGCAGGAAUUGAGAGCACUUCUUCCGAUGUGAGGAUUGGACCCCUUGUGCAAGGAUCUGCCUUGAGCAGGUGUGCCAACCCACUUCAACUACAGGUGGAGGGCGAUUUCUUGAAGCCUUCCGUCUUCCGCUUGAAGGCAUCGUCAUCCACUUUUGACGCGUCAGCAACGACUAAUUCCAUCGUCCUUCGUCCCGGACAGACAGCAUUGCAGAUGAUGACGGACAUCACUGUUGACUUUUACGUCACGAACCCGACGACGGGAUCUUCCACAGUCAGGGCAGUCGGAACCAGCACCUGCGCCAACUUGCCCUCGGUUGAUGUUGGAAUGUUGCAGGUAGUCUCUGCAGCUGUGUUGUCUGCCAAGGCUGUCCAAAGCUCGCCCUUCCCUUGCAGCGUCAACACGAUUUCAGUAUUGUUUUCCACCAACUUUCAUGUGAACGGUGCAAGCACAGGCAACUACGUUACAUUGUCAAGUUCGAUUUUCAGUGCCUUGUCAACGCAACAGCAAACCUACAAACUGAUUGAAUCGGAGGAUGAAAGCAAUCUGUUGCAUUAUGUUGUUGGGCCCUCGGUCACUUUUACACCAAGCAACAAUCAGUUCCAGCUGAAGGUGGCCUCAGGAUACAACCUGAUUGCAGGUAAAGAAUAUCAGUUCGCCUUCAAUGUGAGGAAUCCCAACUCGACCGUUACCGGAGGUUUCUCGAACUUUGAGAUGAUGAGUCCACCGCAGUUGGAAGUUUACAACAGUGCUGCCCUCAGAGCUUCUCAGUCGAACCUGGAAAGCAAGGGAAACCUGGGAUUGUGUGGAAGUACCACUGCUAAUGACAGUAUUCCCCUCUACAUCUACAGACCUGUCAUCUCAUCUGCUUCUAUCGCUCAGGACAACAACGAGCAUUGCACUCGCACCACUAUGAAUGUUUCCUUCCGUGUUAAUGUGCCCAUCUGCUCAACUGGCUGCCAGACUGCCUUGACUAUUUCUGGAUUCACGGGAGGAUACGUCGAUGGGGUCACCACUGACACAGUUGUUGACUUGGCUUCUACCAACAGCGAUGACAAGAAUCUGUUUGCUGCUAGAGUGAAGGGCGACAAGGGCAAGGGUCUGUGGAUGCCCAGCACUCAGACGCUGAAGCUUUAUCUGACAUGCUGCCUUGAGUGCAACAAGGACAUCGCGUUCUCCUUCGACCUGUGGAACCCGUCACAGUGCGCUCAAGCGGCGCAGACCAUCAGCAUCGGAACUGUCGACACUGGAUACAACAAUGUUCAGACAGCCUCCAAGCAGAUGACAUCAACGAACAUCCUCAAGGUGGAUCAGCCGGUGUUCUUGCACGCUUCUGUGCAAUCUUCGAGCUCUACUCCAUGCGAACUGAGCAACUACACUGUGAAAUUCUCUAGCAACGUCAAGAUUCCCGUGAACACCUACAUCACACUCACAGGAUUUGCUGAUGGCAGACUGAGAUUCUUGGAUGUGAAUGCUACUGGCAACGAGUCAUCUACCUGCACCAGCCGAGUUCCCCUCACCGUGGUUGUGAUCAACAAUGCCACAGACGCGAAACAGACUACCUCGCUUGAGGGUCACUGGAAUGCUUCUACCGGACUCAUCACCUUCAGAUUGCCUCAGCAGCUCACCACGGACAAUCGCCUUGAAGUAGAAUUUCAACUCUACAACCCUGCGUCAUCGUCCAACGGUUUCACCUCUACUGUGAAGGCAAUGAUUUGCAACACUUGCCAGUUCACAGAGGCUACAUUGGGGACGGUGCUGCAGGUCAGCAGCAUCUCCUUCACUACCAGGGAGAUCUGGCAGAGCUCACCUUGGCCUUGCUGUGACAACAACCAGAUCACUGUCUCGUUGGUGUCCAAUGUCGCUUUGCUGGCCUCAUGCUCCCCCAAACUCACCAUCUCUGGUCUCAACAGCGCCAUCGUGAAUGCCACAUCGAUCAACGUCACAGACCUUGUUUAUGGCUCCAUGUAUGAAGCAUCUUGGAAUGACGGAACUAUGGUUGUUAUGUUGAAGGACUACAUGGGCUCGUCCAGUUCUGAUGCAAAGGCUUCUUCCUUUAACUUCCGCUUCACUGUGAAGAACCCCAGCAUCGCUCCAGCUCUCCCAACCAUCACCUUCAAUGGCGAGAUUCGUAACCAAGUGUGCAUGUUGUCGAAGCUCAAGAACGAAACAUCAAGCUUCGAUGGCACUUUCCAGGCGCCGAUGUCAUGUGGCUCAAGGUGUUCAUGGAGUCAGGACACAUGCAGUGACGCAUGCUACACUACAAAUUGCAGCAGUGUUACCGUUGUCAAGUCAACCGUCACGUCGGUACAGAAGAACUAUUCGCAGUGCGUGUACAACGAGACGACCAAGUUGAACAAUUCCAAAGUGUUCUACUACACAGAGAACAUCACUUCGUACUACAAUGAGACCACUCAGAAGUGUGACAACCGAUCCGAUGUGACGGACAAGUCUCUGACCGACCUCAGGGUUAUGAGCAUCCGAUCUAUGCAAAUCAAGCAUCAACAGAUCUAUCAGGACAACAACAUCCCUUGCAGCCCCUUUGACGUCACGAUCAAGUUCAUGACCACCGCUCCCUUGUUCUCUUCAUGCCAACCUGAGAUUGUGUUUACUGGACUCGUGGGUUCAGUUCCAAAUGUAUCUGUCUUCACCUCCGUCACUUCCGGCUUCACGUUUGGGUCGUUCAAUCACCAGACUGGAGAUCUUAAGGUCUCAGUUAGCAGCACUCUGAAGCCGGGUUGUAACCACACGAUCAAGUUGGGGCUUCUGCACUGUGCAGCAUCCUCAGAUGGAAUUGCACAAUCAGACAUCAGGAUCUCACACCCGAAUGUCAAGGAUGGAUUGCAAGUCUCGACUCCAAUCAGCCUAACAAGCUUGACGAGUGUGAGCAAACCGAUGGCUGUCAGGACUCUUUCUCUCUUUGGUUAUGCAGGACAGAGCAGCAGAACUCCAUGCGGAAGCAACACAAUUUAUGUCGAUGUAAGCAGCGACAUCCGAGUGUUCAACUCUUGUAUCCCUUACUUGCACUUGAGCGGUUUUGCUGGUCUUCCUACCCAGACUGGCAGCGUGUCGCUUUCUGCGUCAUCCACCCACACCCUCGUGUCCAACGCAGCCACUGGAACCUGGACUAACGGCAACGUGCUAGUGAUUGACCUCCGCCCGUUGAUGAAUGAGACAUAUGGUGGAUAUGCAUACGGCCAUAACUUCAGCAUGUCCUUCACGAUCACGAACCCAUCUUGCGGACAGCCUGGCAACGAGCUUUCAGUAAAGAUCAAGAGCAACCAGAGCGAAGUGAUCCCUUGCCUGUACCUUGAGAGUGCGCUAUAUGACUUGAUGAAUGUGCCAUGGGGACACGAUUGGCGAUCGCAGUUGACGGGUAAAGUGAACAUGUCCGCGGACUCACCUUUGGCUAUCGACUCUGUAGGGUACAAGAUGAACACGACGAUCUACCAGAGCUCUCCUUAUCCCUGCGAUCAGAACAAGAUCACUGUGAAGCUUGAGCCCAACAUCACUCUCUCUCAAGCCUGCACCAUCCAAAUUGAGUCUGACAGCACAGUGUUCAAUUCAACCGCGGUUGUGACAUCUGCCAAUGACCUCGUUGUAAAGAUUGUCCAAGAUGCAUCGGGAAAUGCCGUGCAUCAGUUUUCUUUCAACAUCACCAAUCCCAGCCAGCGUUCUGAAUCGAGCAGAGAUGCUCCGUUCUCGCUCAUGACUACCCUGAAAGGAUCUUGCAGCAGGAGCUACAUGCUUAUUCCAUCUGCUCCUCUCUCAGAUUCUUGUUACUCUAACCAGAAGGAAUACUGGCCGAUGAACCUGAGAGGUCUUGCUUUCGUUACUAAGAACAUCGGACAGAGCAACCCUCAUCGAAAUUGCCACAACACCAUCACUGUGACACUCAGCACCAACAUUCCACUCUUGAUCACGGAUGCUUGCAAGCCUCAGAUCACUCUGACUGGAUUCACUAAUGCUGUUGCAACUCAUGGGAUGAUAUCCUUGGCUGUCAUCGGCCAGUGUGAGGGUAGCGAAGAUGCUACCUACUUCUUCCGUCCGAACAGCAGCAAUGUUCUGGGAACGGGAUUGUGGGACAACACGGCUAAGUCCUUGGCUCUCAACUUGGCUAAAAACUUUCAGAUGGACACGAAUUAUGUUUUCUCCUUCCAGGUGAAGAAUCCUCCAGCAAAUCAGGCUGCUGCUACUAUCUCGCUGACUACCAAUCUGCCAAUGUACACUAGCUGUACUAGGACCAGAAUCAACUCGUUAGCCUUGACAAACGAUCCUGGAUUUCCUUGCUGCAUCUGCGAUCAGGGCGAAGCUGGAGACUCUUCGCCAAUGAAGAUCAAGACGCCUGUUUUCUGUAUCAAGCGUAUCCGACAGUCGGUGAAAUGGCCAUGUGCCGAUAACGAAUUGACUGUGACCAUCUCAUCUACGAUUCCUUUGAACAAAGGAGACACGAUCAAGCUCUCUAAUUUGACCAACGCGGACCUCACUAGUCGCAAUCUCACUCUGACGGAUGGCUCAGGAGGUCUGCGCGAUCAGAACUUGUUUGGGCGAUAUGCCGCCGCUGAGGGCCAGUGGGAUGCUUCUGACUUCUCCUUAACUUUGUACCUCAGAGAGAACCUUGACUGCAGCAGUAUGUUCUCGAUCAAGUUCACGGUAAGGAACCCCAAGCGUGCACAAGGUUGUGCCAUGGUAAACAUCUACACACAAAGUAUCGGUACCUCCAAGAUGGACUCAGAGGAUCUACCCUUCUGCCCGAUGUACGUGAUGAGAGGAGAUUUGACUCCCAUAAUCUGGGAGUCAACUUCGAACCCCUGCUGUCAAAACACAAUAUAUGUGCAACUAACGCCAACGGUGCCGCUUAGAAAGAUAUGUGAGCCUUACCUCGUCAUCUCUGGCUUGACAAACAGUCGAACCCCUGAUGGUUCCAUCGCCAUCACGUCUGAUGUCUUCUACGACACAGCCAGUUGGUUUAAUGGCAAUGGAAGUUUUAUCCUGCGCUUAAAUUCGUCUGACUUGCAAGAGAAUACCCCAAUCAAUUUCACUUUCUCCCUACUCAACUCAGAAGAUGGCACUGGUGCGACAAACGUCAAGAUUCAAGGCUCGCAGGUUCUCACAGAUGUGUACACCUUCACUGUUCCGACUGGCAAGAAGGUCCCCCUGUCGGUCGAUACAUUGAAGAUUCAAGCUGCGAAGAUCGCACAGUCUUCGCCCUGGCCUUGUGAUAACAACACAAUCCAUGUUCAGUUCAACCUCGUGGGGCACAUUCCUCUGGAUUGCAACCCUCGAGUUACUAUCGAUGGAUUGGAUUUCAUCCAUGAUUCUCAAAUCAUUCAAGUGACUGAUGUGAAUACCAACCUGACAUCGAUGCAUGAUUGGAGCCAUCCAAAAUUGAUUCUUGACCUGGUGAAGUUGAAGAACCAAUCGUGUUCCGAGGCCGAUGCAUCUUUCGACCUGAAGUUUACCUUGAAGAAUCCCAGUGCUGCACGAAGCGCGUUCACUGUAUACAUUGAGGGAAGCCUGUAUAAGCAACGAACAGUUCCAAUUGCUCGUGUGCCAAUGCAGAACCUGACGGAAUCCGUCAGCUUCGAUGGAUAUGCGGCGUCAAGCCUUCUUCCAACAGCCGAAGAUGCACGCGCAGGUUACAUCCGAAGCAUUGAGAUGGGAGGAUUUGUCCACCAAUCUUCUACCAUCACGAACUUCAAUGUUACAACCCCCUGCCUCCCUGUGAACAUCAUGGUUUCCUUCAACACUUCGGUGCCCUUGAUACCAGCAUGUAACCAUGUCGUCACUAUCACUGGACUCAAGUACUCGGCUACGCAGAUGUAUGAGUUCUCGUCGACUAGCAAUCUGAUCGGAGACGCAACCUUCGACAGGAUUAAUGGAGUUUUCGUUGCCAAGGUCAUGUCGAUCGUGACAGCUGGUGAACCGCACACGUUUCAAUUCAAGCUCACGCAUGGAGCCGCUCCUGGAAAUGGAGACAGUCAAGUGAAUUUCACCGUAUCUCAACUCGCCUAUAGGACGCGCCUGGAGACCACCUCUCAGGGUAUCGAUGCCAUCCCCAUGCGUGUCGCAGCUCUCUCCUUCCUUGACCUCGGCAUUUGGCAAUCGUCGCCAUUUGCUUGCAGCCCCAACACAAUCACUGUGACGCUCCGCUCCCAGUACGUCACCAUGUUGACUAACUGCCAGCCAAAACUCACUCUGAGCGGCUUGGACAACGCAGUGACUGCUAACGGUCCGAUCAAUGUAACCUGGGAUGACUCGCAAAAUAUUGUUGGUACGUGGACUAAGCCACAGCUCAUGACGAUGAUGCCUUCCUCGGAUACCACGGUUGCCUUGCGUUGGAAGUUCUCGUUUGAUCUUCGGAAUCCGAACGUGGCCCAACCUGGAAGGAAUGUCGGUAUCCAGAUCAGUCUGACGUCUGUGAAUGAUUCUACUACUCAAUCAUGGAGCUACAGCGGAAUCCCAACUAUCACUCAGAAUGCAACUGGAAGCGACCUGUUCCCUUCGGAUUUCGAUUCCUCCGUCAUGAAUCCAUUGCUGGCAUACAACUUGAAGCUGAAUGUGACCUUGGUGAACAAUUCUGUUCCUCUGAUGUGGACUUCGUCAUUUUCAAGUUUGCAAACCCAGUUCUUGAAUACACUUGAGAGCAAUCUCAGACAUGCGAAAAUCCUCUGGCACUACAAUGUUUCAAUUCAGAGUGCAAGUUCCAUUGAAAUUCAUCUCUACACCACGGAGGUCAGCAUUGAUACAAUCAAGCAAACGAUCACGGACUCCCUGCCAAGCAUCACUUCCCAAUAUCGCUUGGCAACAUUCGAUGUAUCGGUGACUCAGAACAACUCCUACUAUGUGCGAGAAAGGACUGCUAUGGACUCAGAUCCUUUGUACGUCCGUAACAACUCUGUCACGAUUGCCAACAUCUGGCAGAAAACUUUCUAUCCUUGCGCUGAUAACACCAUUUACGUGGAGUUCCAGACCAGGUCUCCGAUUUACACUGCAUGCAUGCCUUCGUUGACGAUCAAUGGUCUGACCGGGUCGAUCACCCCAGACACUAGCAGCCUUACCAUCCAAGAGUCAGCUAACGAAGUCAACUUCGGGCCAGGUACAUGGACGCAGGCAACAGGCAACCUUGUGAUUCCAAUCAGCACUGGCAACCAAGGGAACACGAUCGGAAACUACCUUUACUCGAUGAGUUUCGGUCUCAGGAACCAGGCGAAGAAUCAGCUUUCUCCUGCUGUGAACUUCCGCAUCACCUACGUACCAGGCCUCGUUCCUAUGACUCGUGUCGCAGGCAAACCGAUUACUGACUUUGAGGCAACUGUCAACUCGUCCUUGCCUCUCGCAAUUGUUGCGAUGACUUACAAAUAUAAGUCAGCUGGUCAGACUUCACCUUAUCCUGGUUGUCAAAAUACCAUCACUGUCACUCUUCAGUACAAUGUGCCAUUCUUCCCAACCAACUGUGUGAAUUACAUCCGUAUCGCUAUGACCCGUCUCGCUGAUUCCGAUUCAAAUCCCACGUUCGCGUUGCCAAGUGUCUCCUUCACUUCCAACAUGAACAGUGUGUCGUUGGUCGGAAAGACUCAUAUCUACAGGACUGGAAACGACGCUUGGUUCGCUCCAGGUCAGUGUGACUCCGAGAGCAAGCUUGCGGCCUCAUCUUUCAUGGAUGCGGCCGUUGGCGGCACAUCAGGUUACGGAGCAUUGACAGAUUUCACAUGCUCUGGACAAAACUAUCACAGCAUUCAGAUGUGGGUAGGGGCGCAGAUCAAUGCAAACACACCAAUCGUUCUGCAGUUUCAGGCAAUCAACCCCAUGACGAAGAACAAUCCUACACCCCUCAAGGUCGAGACACAAGUGAGCUCAACCUACACCAACGACAAUCAGGUGCUCGGAUCUGGAGGGUGCUCAGAAAACAUUACGAGCGACAAAUCUAGUGUCUUGUGCUGCACCAGUUGCUCUCCUGUUGGGCACGCUGUUGCUGCUGAUUCACUGAGGGUUGAUACUACUGGUUAUGGGCAGGAGACACAAUAUGGUGAUGCUGAGCCGUUCAAGGUUCAUUCGCCUUACUUCUGCACGAGAUACAUCGGUCAGAGCACACCUUACCCGUGCGCCAUCAACACGAUCUCCAUCACGAUCACGUCGAAUGCCCCGAUGCCGGCAAACAAGACGGUGAUCACUCUCUCUGGAUUCACCGGUGCGCAUGCUCCUUCCGGCGAGAUAGACCUUGGAGGAGGUGACAACAUGCUUGGUCAGCACAUGAUGUUUUCUUCUUCAUUGGGAGGAUCAGUUGGAAAGGGUACAUGGGACAACACCAACAAGAAGCUUACUCUCCAAGUUACUACCACCAUUGACUGUGGAACUGAUAUCCAGCUCAAAUUCAAUGUGACCAACGAUGCCAAGGCACAGCCAUACCAAACGAUCAACAUCACAGCAACCUUUGGUUCAUACACUACCACAAGCUUGCAAUUCGUGCAUGAUCUCACGGACUCCAAAAAGGCGAUGGUCAUCUACGAGACCAAGUUCCAAGGUUCGAUUUCUGACUCCAGCAGUGAACCUUGUGACGAAAACAGCAUCACAAUUUCAAGCCUGAAGGCCAACACUCCGAUCUUCCAGACGGAGACCUGCAAACCUACGAUUCACAUCUGCAACUUUUCCAAUCCUGUGAUCGCUUCAGUCAACCUCUCGUUCUCUUAUCAGUUCGAAAAUGAAAUUCUGAUGAAUGAUACUUUGGUAUGGGAUGGAUGCUCUUGCUUGGUUUGGACUGUCACUGAGUUGCUUCCGUUCGAUACCAAGACUGCAACUGUACAGUUCAAGGUUCGCAACCCAGCAAGAAAUCAGCCAUCUAAGACCAUCAACAUUAAUGCCCAGAACUUCGGAUACAAUCCUUCUGACACAAAUAGGUACAGCACUUGGAAUUCAUUGGGCAACGUCAUGAUGGUUCAGUACAAUGACUUGACGUUUGACAUGAAUCAGACGACGAACUACCCAUGUGACAUGAACACAGUAACAGUCCUCGUGAACGUCCCGGUCAAAAUGGUUCCUGGCUGUGGAUGGACUGUACGAAUCGGCAAUCUGCCAGCCUACUACGGACAACAAAGUCCUGACCUUCAGGUCACUGGUUUGGGAGGUCUUACCUUGGUGAACCCCGUUGCUUAUUGGAAUAGUUCAUCAAGCCUGUCAAACAUCACCAUUCAGAUCAACUCUUUGGUACCAAGGGGUUCUCUGUUCAAAGCUCAGUUUGAUGUCAGGAAUAGUGGUGCGCAAUCGAAUAAUUGUAACGUGUUGACUCAGUGGUCAUUGAGCACGCAACCAUGGUUUACACCUGCUAAGGCCUCGUGUGACACUUCUGCGCAGAGCUACAGCUCUUUGUUGCAACACAACGAGUGGAGCGUCUGCCGUGUUGUGAGUGGAGUGAUUACUCAAGCUUAUGUGUCACAAAACAAUUCUGUUCCUUGCGAUAUCAACUACCUCCGUGUCGAGAUCACCACCAGCAUUCCGCUGUUUUCAGCGUGUGACACUCAGUUCACACUGAGCGGAUUUGGAAGCAACUUUGCCUAUGACGCAUCUGCAUCCGCUUAUUCAGAACAGUUCAACAAUGUCAAUGUCAGUCUGAACCUUGCAGGUGGAAACCUGGUUCUGUCACCAAGCAUUGAUGCUACUCAUCCGUGGAAUGCUGGUCAAGUCCACGUCCUCAUGGUUAGGUUGAGGAACAAGGCUGUCAGCUCGGUUCAAGAUAUCCAUGUCAAGAAGGAUAUUCUUCCCGUCCUUCCAUCGGUCAAGAUGAAUGUCUCUAAUGUGACGAAUGAGAAACCGCUCUACCUAGAUGUACCGGCAUUAACCAUCACAAGCAUCUCCCAGACAAGCAAGGACCCUUGUGUCGCUGGAGUGACUCUCACUAUCAACUUCCAGAUCAGCGUGGGUCUCAACUCCUUGUGUAACCCAACAAUCACCCUCGGAGGCCUGGACUCCAAGUUCAAUCCAAGACCCGAUUCAAAUCAGAAUGAUUGGUCUGCUGUGCUUGCAUCUUCAACCCCCAGGAUGGCGAGCAGCCAGUACACGCUUCUUGUUCUCGUCGACAAUACAGUGGACGUUUUCAACAGGACUUUGACUCUUAACGGAACCUAUGGAGUCACGAGCUCGGGAGGGCUGCUGAUCAAGCCAGGCUCUCGACUUGGUUAUUAUGGAACAGGCGUCGUCCUUUCAAACGUUCAGAUCACUUCCUCUUCAGAUGUCCCGUGCGAUCAGAAGAACACAAUUACGGUGCAAUUCACUACUGGAAGUUCCUUUAAGUGUCCCGGAGAGCAGUUGAUGUUCUAUUUCGGGCCAUGCAUGUUCAUUGAUGCAACGGAUACAUUGGUUUUGUUGUCAUCUUCCGACGUUGAGACCUCGGCUGUUUUCAAUAAUGCUGCUUUGGCGGUGACAUUGCUACCCGAAGGUUUAGCAGCGAAUAAGAAUGUGCAAUUCAGCUUCAACUCCUUCAACGAUCAGUUCGAUUGCUCACAGUCUAACUUCGUGCCACGCGUGGAGGCCUUAAAGGCAAAAGGAUCGCAAUCCUUCAAUUACUCGGUAGGUUUCAGGUCGGGCUUCAGCGUGAGUACAACAUACUCGCAGUCGUCAACAAUCCCAUGUGACUCAAACGAUAUCACAAUCACCUUCCAAGCAACUCAGGUCAUCCGGAAGAGCUGUUUGAGCAACAGUGGUCAAAUCACCAUCCGUGGCUUCAAGUACUCACAGACAACGUCUUUGGCAGCUUUGACUGGUACCGCAGUGACCAGCGGUAUCGUGAUGGCCUCGUCACUCAAAUGGGAUCAGAGCACCGGCACCAUACUCUUCCGUUUGCUGAAAGACGUUCCUAAAGACACUCCGUAUGACCUCAAAUUUACCUUGAUCAACCCCAGGGCAGAAAACUUUGUGGGCAGUAACGUCUAUUUUGGCUUCACUUUCGAGAAAGAUAAUAACAAUCUGACAAGCCCUGUGACUGCUGUGGCCUUGCAGACUGCCAGGGCAAAUGCAACCAUCUCCAAAGAAGUGAUGUGGAACUUUGAUUGCUCCACUGCAGAAUAUUACAUCUAUGUCAAUUUUUCACAGAAAAUAGUGCAAAAUUGCCCUUAUGAGCUCUACGUUCCGAACCUAGGAAUACACAACACAUCGUCCACGGACAGCCUCCCAAUCUAUCCUUGCACCGGUAACUCUCUCAAUACUGCUCCAUACGGCAAGUACUAUCUGCCACGAUUCCCGAAUGAGUCUUCCUUGAGUGUGAAUAUCACAUUUGCCGAGGCAAAUCAACAAUACUGCUUCAAGAUCCUGCUGCAAAACCCAUGUCCUCCCCAGCCUGCACCUGGUUUGAUUUGUUACAACAAUCAGACGUACUUGUUCAAAUCCUCCUUCCUUAUUGACUUUGGUUCCCUUAACUCCACUCAGAUCAGUGCAGCUCAGAUCUCGUUGGUGAACUACAUGAACUCUACCCGUGGAACCAUCGCGUAUUUUGAGAACGUCAACACCUUGUGGUUACUUGCAUCGGAGUUGUCUUUGGCCCUUACUGAUUUGAACUAUUUCACGAAUAAUUACAACCCUACAUCAAACACGGUGACUACAUCAAACACGGUGACUGCGGCGACAAGACGGCUUCUCGAGGAGGAACUUGAGUCCGAUCUUGUGCUGGGCCUUCGAAGUCUCAGUAGGCCAAUUGCGACAGCUGAGGAUUUGAGCUCUUUCGACAUUCGUGUAGUUGGCUCUAGCUCUACCCCUGCACUGAAAGCGACGCCGAAGGCAGUCUGCAUUUUCACGUAUCUUCUUGCUUCGCAGGACAAUCCAUACCCCUGUCACAGGAACCGCAUUUCUGUGAUGUUCGAAACCAGUGCAAAACUUGCAAAAGGUACCAAGUUGACCAUCAUGGGUCUGACGAGUGUGGUGACUCGCGAUGGCGUGAUGGCGGAUCUCUUCGUUUCCCACGAUCAAGUGCUUCCAACCUCCGGCAAUUACAGCGCUGCUAGUGGUAUGCUCGUCUUCGCCUUAGCUGGCGAUUCCGCUCAAGAUACGAGGUACACGGUUGCGUUUGACGUGAUCAAUCCAACCGCCGAAGGCCCUGGCAGCUCCGUUCGCUUGCUGAGAAGUGCUGCAACCUUGUACAUACAGGCAGACAAGCUGUGUAUCACACAAGCCAUGAUUCCCAACGACUACUCAACCUGUCUGAGGAGCAAGUAUGGAAUUCAGGGAGCUCGAGCGGGGGAUGCCGCACCUUUGGUGGUCUUCCGUGGCUUCUUCAGCUACAAGAGGAUCGGCCAGUCUUCUCCCUACCAGGGAGCCCAGAACACCAUCACGGUCACUCUAGCUUCGACUGUUCCAAUUCCACCAACUUGCAACGACCAGACCGUGAAGAUCAAGAUUUCCAACCUCCUGGCAACAACCAACGGCGUCGCAUCUGGUCCUGUUGCUCUUACACCGAUGCGCGGCAAAUGCAGCGGACGUGAAAGCGAUCCCUUGGCCUUCAAGAGCAUCGAUGGUCAAGUGGGAUACGGCUCGUGGGACAACUCCAGUACUGCCUCCCUCACGCUCGUUCCUCAGAUAGUCACUGUACCUGCACAUGAGUAUGUUAUCUCCUUCCGCAUGAAGAAUCCCAACGGACAGCAUAGCGCUCAGUCUGUUUCUAUUUCCUGCGAUGCCAUGAACAUCUCAGCUGCACCCAUGGACUUCGAUCAAACGCUCUCGUGCUGUUCCACUUUGUCGGCUACCAAAUGCCUUCUCAGCACAGAACUGGUGGAGUACUCAAAGCCUUUCAACCUCCUCAGAGCAAAACUCUGCUACCUUAGGAUGACUCAGAGCAGUACGUUCCCUUGCGGCAAAAACUGCAUCAGUUUGAAUUUCAUUGUGAACGUUGCUUUGACAGAAGGGACUGCUUUCACAAUCAGUGGACUUCCUGGACUGACAUGGACAAGCUCGAAUGUCAGCAUUGCGGAUGGUUCCGGUGGACUCAACCACCAAGACUUGUUCAAGGACAGCACGAAUACAGUUGGACAAGCUCAAUGGCUAUCGUCAUCUUCAUCAAACAGUUUAACGAUGUCUGUUGCCACUCCUUUGGACAGUGAGAUUGAGUACAAGGUCAAAUUCUGUCUUUAUAACGUACCAACGCCCAGCUCGUAUUCAUCUGCAACGCUCAGCAUCGCUGUUGGCAGCGGCAUCUCGAUGUCAUCUAUAGAUACAUCUAUCAACCGCGUUUUUGCAGCCAAGGUAACCAGCGCAACGUUUUCGUCAACUUCAUCGAAAACCUGCGAUCAGAAUCAGAUUAGUAUGACCUUGUCUCUGAAUGUUCCGCUGUAUGAGAGAUGCCCUCUUACAAUCACGCUGGCUGGUCUCGAUAGAAUUUAUCGACCCUACGAUCCGAUGACAGGCCAAAUGAGCAGUGAUGCUGUUCUGUUCAACUCCUCCACUGCAGGAAACUCCAUUACCUACUCGAUGACUUCUGUCAAUUUGACUUUGAGGGCACAUUUUCAACCUGACGAAUACAGUUCGGGCACUAGUCUCACAGAAUGGAGUUACCCAAUCAAGUUCAACAUCAGCAAUCCAUCGUGUUCACGCGGAGAUCCAUCUCCAUCUUUAACUUUGAUCUAUGGUGGUGUGCAAGCAAUCACGAGGUUGACCCUUCAGACAUCAUCUGCGUUUAGGGUCAAUAAUGUUGGCUUCAUGGCUUAUGCAACAUACUCUUCGGUUGAUUACUGUCACCAGAAUUCAAUAUCAUUCGCAAUCAUUCCAAAUCAAGAUCUCUAUCCGUUCUGCCAGGACAAGGUCAGGGUAUUCAAGUUGUCUCGUAUUCCAGCUCAAUCUGGUUACUUGAAUCAAUCAGUCACGUUGGGUUACAGCACAUCUACCAUCAUGUAUUGGGACUCAUCUCAGUACAUGAAUAUCUCCCUUGAUAAGUUCUCAACUUACAUCCAACAGGCAGGAACGGUCUUUGUGAAUUUCUCUGUGUACAAUGUUGAAUAUGGACAAAAUUCGAAUCCUCGUUUGAGCUUUGACUGUGACGUUGUGAACGACAUAUCCAUCACUUGGGGCGAGUUAGUGAUUCAGAGCUACAUCAAGAUAUCGAACCCCUUCCCUUGCGGCAUCAACACCCUCACCUUCAACUUCACCUCCAACAUGGACAUCCUCGGCACCUGCGGCAACGACUACUCCGCCCAAGUCUACCCGACCAUCACCUUGUCGGGCCUGUCCGACUUCAGCACCCCGUCGCAGAACUUCACCAUGUACGCGGUGCCGUCCAGCGGUACGACAGUGACGAUCACGGCGACGUGGGACAAGAGCGCGUCCAAGAUGAUGCUGACACCGACGGGGACUUUGAACAAGAACGUGGAGUACACGAUCGAGUUCAACCUCACCAACAACGAAAUGGGAGGGUCCACUGGUCGUGAUCCAAGGGUACAUGUCAGUAAGAUGGAAGCAUCAGGUUAUGUUCACAAUGUUCGUCGUGACUUUAUCGACAUCAUCACUCCUGUAUUCCGUUCUGUCGUCGCCAACCAGUCAUCCUUCUAUCCCUGCGACGACAACACCAUCACCGUCGUCUUCACUAGCAACGUCCCCUACCACUGCGACACGCGCUUCUCUCUCACCGGCGCGCAGGUUGCUUCGGCCAACAGCCCGACGCUCGACGGAGAGAGCGUGGCGGUGCAGACGGACGGGACGAGCUCGUUGCAGUUCAACAUCAGCGGGCGGCAGGAGAUCUACCAGACCGGCUGCUCGGGCUACUGGCAGGAUCUUGCAUGCACGAGGGUGCUCCGGGUGCCGUACGUGAACCCUGCCAACCGUGUAGAGUCUGGCUUCUGGAAGCUGACGGCAAGAACUCCGUUCUCCUGGUCUUACAAUCAGAGCGCCGUGGAGUCUGUGACCCUGUAUACCAAUCAACUGUAUUGGGACUCAUCCUUCACUUUUUCGUCCUCCCAGGCGUAUCAGCGCCUCACUUUCCUCGCUCAAGUCAGAUUCGUCGCUACGGCGGUCCAGAGCUCGCCGUUCCCUUGCGACAACAACACCAUCGGAGUCAAGGUCACGACCAACGUGCCGCUGCGGAAGGGAUGCUACCCAAUGAUCACCUUGAGCGGCCUCACAGGAAGCGUCACGGCCGACACGAGCUUGACCGUGACGCUGACGGGCGCUCGAGGAGGACAGCUAUCGGGGGCGAUCCAGGGCACUUGGAUGAAGACUGAUGGCAGGCUUUUGUUGAACCUGACACACUCGGUAGCAUCAGCGACUUCGGAUGUGUACAACGUAUCCUUCAGCUUCGGGCUGAAGAACCCAGGAAGCCAUGCAAGUUGCAAUCCAUUGUCAAUGACUGUGAGUUUCGGAAACGAUGCGAACAAAGCAGGUAAUAGUGUUCAGCUGAUCAACGAUACAGCCACUGUAUUCGACACUUCCACUCUGAUGGAUGGCACAUCUGAUCUACAAAAUCGUAUGUCUGGUACUAUUUCUCUUCCAGUUGGCGCUGCUUGCCCCUUGUACAUCCAAACAUUCAGCUUUGUUUACUAUUCAAUUUAUCUGAGCUCCACAAACCCCUGUGCCUCUGACACGGUGACAUUGAGCUUCGCGACCACCACUCCUGUGUUUGGCCAAUGUUACGAUUCAACCUUCUCUACAAUCUCAGUGACAGGCUUGAAUGCUUUCCAGACCAAUACAUCCCUUGAUGCUCCAGUUCUUACAGGAGUUCUGCAGGGCAGUGCGAACACUUACUGGUUGCAAGGAGACUCCUACUCCAUCGAAACAAAACCUGAAUACUUGGGAUGGCUGAAGGCGCAGGAGGCUUACAACAUCACCUUCACGAGGUUGAACAACAUCAACGUUGCUACUACAAGCACUCGUCUUGCGGGAUCUUCCCUCAGCACAAGUAUAACCUUGAAGAGCACAACAUCCUCAACAAUAACCAGAACUUACAGCUUUCCUUACUUGAUUGUGACAUACGAUGUGAAAAUCUCGAACCCCUUCCCCUGCGGCAUCAACACCCUCACCUUCAACUUCACCUCCAACAUGGACAUCCUCGGCACCUGCGGCAACGACUACUCCGCCCAAGUCUACCCGACCAUCACCUUGUCGGGCCUGUCCGACUUCAGCACCCCGUCGCAGAACUUCACCAUGUACGCGGUGCCGUCCAGCGGUACGACAGUGACGAUCACGGCGACGUGGGACAAGAGCGCGUCCAAGAUGAUGCUGACACCGACGGGGACUUUGAACAAGAACGUGGAGUACACGAUCGAGUUCAACCUCACCAACAUUGAAAACGCAUCACUGAUCGUAUUCCAGGGUCGAACUAACAACAAUGAUCUCAACGUCAUCACUCCUGUAUUCCGUUCUGUCGUUGCCAACCAGUCAUCGUUCUAUCCCUGCGACGACAACACCAUCACCGUCGUCUUCACUAGCAACGUCCCCUACCACUGCGACACGCGCUUCUCUCUCGACGGCGUAAAGGUUGCUUCGGCCAACAGCCCGACGCUCGACGGAGAGAGCGUGGCGGUGCAGACGGACGGGACGAGCUCGUUGCAGUUCAACAUCAGCGGGCGGCAGGAGAUCUACCAGACCGGCUGCUCGGGCUACUGGCAGGAUCUUGCAUGCACGAGGGUGCUCCGGGUGCCGUACGUGAACCCUGCAAGCCGUACACAGUUAAACACCUGGAAGCUGACGGCAACAAACCCGUUCGUAUGGACUAUGGGUGACAUCACGACUACUGUAUCUGAUACAUACCUAACCGUCAAUCGAGAAAUGUGGGGCUCACCCCCCCAGAUCCCAUCCCAGGCGUAUCAGAGUCUUUCCUUCCUCGCUCAAGUCAGAUUCGUCGCUACGGCGGUCCAGAGCUCGCCGUUCCCUUGCGACAACAACACCAUCGGAGUCAAGGUCACGACCAACGUGCCGCUGCGGAAGGGAUGCUACCCAAUGAUCACCUUGAUCGGCCUCACAGGAAGCGACACGAAUAGCACGAGCUUGACCGUGAACCUCACGGGCGCUCGAGGAGGACAGCUAUCGGGGGCGAUCCAGGGCACUUGGAUGAAGACUGAUGGCAAGCUUGAGUUGAACCUGACCGACUCGGUAGCAUCAGCGACGUCGGAUGUGUACAGUGUGUCUUUCAGCUUCGGGCUGAAGAACAGAGGGGAGACACGUUUAUGCUACAAUCCCGCGAUGAUCGUGGCAUUCAUGCAGAACUCUUACAGCGAUAGUGUUGUGGUUACCAGAGCGGCUACCGUUUACAAUUCGGACCUUGCUGAAACAUCGUUCAGUGGCUCGUUGGUGGGAACCACCUCGUACUACCAGACUCCUCAAACGAAUGAUGCAUGUCCGCUGUAUAUUCGGCAGUUCCUGGUGGAGUCAUUGAAUUAUGUUACCAGCGACUAUCCCUGCGACGACAACACUGUUACCUUCCAGUUCAGGUCAAAUGUUCCCGUGAUGGCCCAGUGCACGGGUUCUCAAUACUCCCAGUUGAAGAUCGAAGGUCUCAGCAUAUUCCAGUCUGGACCGGCAGUUGCGUUCAGCACAACCCCAGAUGUUGCGACUGUGUCGUGGACGAACAAUAACAGCAUCUCCCUUACUCCUCUUGGGGGCCAAUGGUUGAUGGCAGCGACUUGGUACAACGUCACCUUCACCCGCAAGAAUGUCCACAACUCUGCAAGGAUGUAUCCAACUAUCAGAAGAGCAGAUCAAGGUUCCACACCCGUACUACGUUAUGUUCCUGGCAAAGGAAAUUAUCCCUACUCUGAGAUAAUGAAGAUGGAAUUUGUAUCGCCCAGUAUCACGAGCUCAAGUCAAUAUCCUUGCGACAACAACAAUCUCCAGAUUCAGCUACAGUUCAACAUUCCUCUCCUGAAAUGUCAGGACAACGGCGAUAGGUGGCCGAGAAUCACUCUGUCUGGUUUGAGUCCUUUCACUAGUGACACUACGGUCUUGAGUGUGUCUGCUAAAACGGCAUCCAGCUCCUUCGACCAGUUUAGUGCCAAUUGGACCGAAUCCAGCAAGCGCAUCGUGUUUGACUUCCAGCAGAACCUGGCUGUUAACACAAUUCUUUACGUCAACGUUUCUGUCGUCAAUUCAGACAACUGGCUGAUGACUUGGUCCCCCAGGCUUACCGCAGAUACAGUCGACUACUAUUCAACCACAGCCAUUACUACAUCCCCGUACAGCGAUGUGCUGAUUCAACCGUAUGUUCAAGGUUUCUCGUUCAGUCAGACUUCCCAGAUUCCAUGUGACUCAACCAUUCUUGGGAUUACAGUUCAGACCAAUGUUCCGCUGCCUGCUCGUUGCAAGCCAGUGAUGGAGUUUCGAUUCGGUAAGUUACGUACGUCAUUUGUUGUCGAGGGAGCCCAGUCAAGCAUUGUGAGUGGUAACGUGAUCAAAGCUGCUGUUUCAGGAAGUUCCUUUUUCACUUACGUGAAUCUGUCCUUCACAAAUCCGUCAUACGCCACGUCAGACAGUCUUGUUGUCAAUCCUUAUUUCAACACGACAGCGACUGGAUUAUACUGGGUUGGAGCAGAUAGCUCUAUCCCUACUACUUCGAUGUACACUGUGAGGACUCCAACCGUGACUGUAACUCAAGUAUUCUCGUCGUACUAUCCUUGUGAACAGAAUAUUUUGACUAUCGGUCUGAGUACAGACCAAAGGAUUGUGAGACAAUGCAGUUCUGAUUUUACGCAAGUCAGAAUCACAAUUAGUGCUCUGAGCUCUUGGUUUGACUUUGUGAACUCAGUUCCAGUCUCGCAAGCAGGUUCUGUGAUCGCGUAUGCAAACAUGACAGGCAACCAGAUCAACAUCACCUUACAAGAAGACAUUCCUCUACCGGGCUACACAUUCAACCUCACUUUGCGCAAUAAAGUCAGGCCGAUCUUAUCCACCAACAACCUGAAUUUGAACUAUGAAUUGUAUCCGAUCAUCGCUAACCUGGCGACCAAGGACUUUUCACAAAAGAACCCGCUGGAUAUGUCGAGCACGUGCCUCUACCAAGCUACACCGAACCCUGGAGUCUCCAACACAUUGACGUUCAGAUUCAGGAUGCAAACUGCCUUGUUGACGGAGUGCAGUCCCGUGCUGAGGGUGAGUAUUGGACAAGACCUGUGCGGACUCUCCUCUGCAAUGGGUGACCAAAACUUUAACUUGACUUAUGCUUCCUCGGACAAGACUCUGUCGUUGACCCCCAUCCGCAACAUUGAUGGAACUACGGAGUUCAAUGUUACCUUUACCAACCCCUUGACACAGCAGAAUGCUCCGAUGAUCGCUUAUUCGAUGCUUCUUAACGGAGUCAGCUACUUUGCGAACCAGAGGAUAUAUCUUUGUAGCGAGAAGUACAGCCUGGACAACUACAUGGACUACAAAGCUUUGAUGGUAGACAGCCCUAAAUUCCUACUGGUUACUGCAAACAGCUCAGCGACAACUUUUGUUCUUCAGUUCAAGUUCAACUUCAACUUGUGCGCUAAUGGAUACAUUAUUGUUGAAGGGUUCAACUAUGCCAGCACGGUGCAAGGAUCGUCCACAUCGAGCUCCAUUCAGAGUGUACAGGCCUCGGGAGGAUUGCUCACGAUUGCUCUAACACCUGGACAGUGUAUCCCAGCUCAGGAACUUGUGACCGUUUAUCAACCGGUUACAGAUGGAAGGUAUCCCAUCAGCUUCCUGGCCAUCCGGGCCAACGGUUACAUCCAGAAUUCCUGCGGAGCAAAACGAUUCUAUGACCUCCCUCUGUUCACUGUUGACACCUCGUCCAUCACAGCUACCUGGUAUUCUUAUUGGCAAUCCCUCAAGUCCUCUGGCAACCUGCCCAGUGGGGUCAGUCUGCCAAGCGCACCUGGAAGCACCAGUGCAACAGUCUGUUCGACUUGCGUCGAGUCUCAGGCCGAUUACACUUACAACAUCACUCUUCAGUUCCGUUGCGAUGCUAGCAAGGUCCAACGCUCCCAGCUUGAGACGGGAAUCGACAGUCUGCUCUGCAAGAGUUCCACUUGCUCGGUUGUGGCUUCAAAGAUAACAAGCAUGUCCUAUGAUAACACGUAUUCCCUGCUUGUUUCUCGUUCAUGGUACACGGCUGAUCAGGCUGCUGCAUUCCUCCGCAGUAUCUCGCAAGACAGCUACUUCCAAUCGCAGUUUGGUGAGGGAAUCUGCUUCCCCGUGAUCACCACGUUCUCCCUGGGAUCCGCAAACUAUGAUUGCGCCUCGUCUGGAGCUUGCACUGGCUUCACUCAGAUCAGCUUUGGAGCCAUAAGUUUUGGAGGAGCACAAGCUAUCAGCUCCAUGUCGUUGUAUGAGCAGAGCGUGAUCAUGAAGUUUAUCGCUGACAGCUUUGGCAUGAACAUGAUGGACAUCUCUGUUGAGUUCGCAGCUGGUGGAACCUUGUCAGUCAUUUACUCGAAUGCGGCCGCAGCUGCAGCUGCAGCUGCAGCCAACUCUACAGCGUCGUCGUCAUCGUCCUCGUCCUCGGAAGUCUUGCUGGCCACGUCAAUCGAACAGUUCAAGUCACAAGUCAUCGGCGGGAUCCGUAGUGCGAAGAAUAUCGCAAACAAUGUUUCAGUGUCUUACCAGGUGGCUGUUGCUGAUUUGACAACUGCGCCACUUCCGGUUCCGAGCACCUCCGGCACCUCGUCUACUACCAGCGGAACGUCGGGUGGAACAUCGUCGGGUGGAACAUCGUCGGGUGGAACAUCAACCAGCACUUCGACAUCGACUUCUCUUCCUCCCGGCACUCCACCCGGUGCUCCUUCGCCUGUCCCUGGAGGAAGCUGUGCGCCGCAGCCCCAACUGUCGUACGCGACCACCGUGGUACCAGCACCGAAUGUCACUAUAGCCACACCGACGACCACGGAGACUGUUGCUCCUGUUACACCCACGAUCAACUUUGUGAACAUCACUCAGUCGUCCUUCUACCCUUGUGAGAACAACACCAUCUCGGUGUGCUUCUCCGUGAAUGUGUUGAUGGAUAAGACGACAGCAACUGACCUCGCUGGUGAGACCGUGUCCACGUAUUCCAACAUCUCCAUCACUGGCUUCGGAGGAGCAUACAUGCUCUACGACGGUGUGACCGGACCGACUGGCAUUACCUUCUUAUCUCGCGACUCUGAUCGCUUGAUUCUCAACGUGGAGAACCUUGGGAAUACCACCCACCACUGCGUCUCUUUUGUGGUCAAGAACCCCGAGCUUCAGGCCUGCAAGAACCUCUCUAUCAACGCGUACUGGCAGAAUUUGCAAGGGAACAACACGGCAACAGCCAAGCUUGUGCCUGGAAUCAGCGGAACGGUCUGUGGCAAGAAUGCGAACAGCAACUUGUGCUCGUUGAACUCUGUCAGCCCCGUGUUGGACCUGUUGACUAUUUCUCACUCCACUAUCAACCCUUGCAUGUACACUGACCUGGUUGUCAAGUUUAAGCUUAAUGCUCCACUCCACGCAUGUCAGCCAGGAAAUGUCGUUCUGACCCUCAGUGGCCUGCAGAACACUCUCACGACAGCAACCAACAACGCAGCAACCGACAUCUCAUUGCUCCUCAAUGGUCUCGCCGUGAACGGCAACUUGAGCACGGAUGGUCUUUUGCGUCUUGACGUUCCUUCGACCAUGUCUACAUCAGCUGAAACCUGCACCGUGCAGAACAUCACCUUCAGGUUGUUGAAUUUGAACACCUCGAGGAACGGCGCCACAGUACAAGGCGACUUCUCCAAGGCCUUCCCGUCCCUCGCCGUCACGACUGCACAGAAGGAGGGCACAAAUGAUCCACUGGCUGUCAGCUCUGUCACCCUUCAAGUGUUGAUGGCACAGAACAACUCAUGGCCCGGAAGUCUCAACAUGAUCACUGUGACCUUGAAGUCUAACAUGGUCUUGCCUGUGCAGUGCCGCACUACUUUGGUGAUUAACAACUUGGACGGAGCUUGCUUCGAGAACGUGUGUGUGGGUACCGGAAACCUCACUCUCAUUGGUACCAGCGCAUUCAAUGCUGUUUGGAAGAGUGAGCUUGUGUCGGCCUCUACAAGGUCUUCUGUCACCCUUGCAGUUGUUGGCUCUGACCUCGACACCAACAUCAACCCACUCACCUUCUCCUUCAUCAUCAACAACCCAGUCAAGGCCCAGGGCUCCCCGAAAGUCAUCGUCACAGGCCGUGGCGUUGAAGUGGUGCAACGGACGGCUGAGAUGAACCUGACCUCAAUCCUUCCGAACCCGUGCUCCGAUGCAGACUUCAUCUGCGAUCACGUCGCAGGAGACGCUGCUGUUCUCAAGGUAGAUGAUCCGAUGUUCCUCCAGACGGGUGUCGAGCAAUCGAACCCCUACCCAGGAAUGACCAACACGAUCUCGGUGGUCCUGCGCUCGAACAUCCCGUUGACCGAUCGAUCCAUCAUUACCUUGUCGGCCUUGUCUGGCAGCCAGACGCCAUCUGGAUCCGCUCUUGUGUUCUCCGGCGACACUUCGAACUUCGGCUCGAAGGUCUGGGACAAAGAGACUGAGAAGCUGACGUUGACGGUCAGCGGUACCAUCAAGGAAGGUACCAAGUUGUCCUUCAGCUUCCAGCUCAAGAAUGGAGUCUGCGGGCAGGACUCGCCAUCUGUGUGCGUGAGAGUCAGCAGAAUCUCGGCGCCAUGUAACCGAUGCGCUUACGGUCAGUGCGGACAGUGUGUGGCGAUCGCUCGUCAAAUGCUCCAGCGCAACAAGACGAAGAUCUUCGACUACGGAAUGGCCCAGUGCAACUAUACCAAUUAUGACCCGUCAGCAACAGUCCAGUACGGGAGGGCGUACGCAGAAGAUUCUUAUCCUCUCCGAAUCUUCUCUCCUGCAUUCAUCAUGCUCAAAGACUCCAUCGGCCAGAGCACUUUCUCGCCAGCAAUGAACAACACGAUCUCGGUGACCCUGGCGUUGAACACCGCCUUGUUGGCCAACCAGCAGAUCACACUCCACGGUCUCAAUUAUGGCUCAGGCACCAUGAACGUCGCCAUUGAGAAUGUAAGCUCUAUCGUGGAGUCGGACUGCUAUGGAUCUGCUGCAGUCUUCAAACCUACAGGUUCGUACCAGAAUGGGCAGUUGGUCAUCACUGCGCAGUCCCAGACUGUGCCGGGCAAGAAGUAUGCCUUCCAGUUCACUUUGCUCAACCCAACUUGCAAUCAGUCCAUGUCAACCGUGUGGGUCGACGGAAGUUGCGCGCCCCGCAUGGAUCUGAAUGCAACCGUGGGAUCGGAGCCGAACUACGUGAGGCAACCGAUGUUCAUGGAGUCGUACAUCUGGCAGGAGACUCCUUUGCCGUCCGUUAGCAACGUGAUCCACGUGAACUUCUCUUCGAAUGUCGACAUUCCUAGCGGCAAGACAUUGACAAUCAACGGCUUGUACCGCACCAUGACGCCCCAGUCAUCCCUUGCGCUGUCUUCCAACUAUCAGGUGGAGAGCUGGAGCAACGGCAGGCUCGUGAUCAGGACCACCACAACUCUGGAUCGCUCGACGUACCAUCACUUCACCUUCACUCUGAUGAAUCCAGAUUGCUGCCAAGAUCCGACCGAUGUCAUCACGCUGUCUGCAGGCUACGCAUGCUUCAGUCCGAUUAACCUUGUCAAACGGCAGUCUAAGACCCUCCUCUCGAACAUCAAGGAUGGAGCCGAUGUCGAGUCGAAGCCUCUCUACGUUCGUUGCGCGCAGUUUGACGUUGCCCAGAUCUCAUCAGACACUGACAUGCCCUGUGUUGACGCCAACAUCACGGUCACGAUCAAGAUUAACGUCGCUCUUACCUCUGCCAACAACAUCUCCUUCACCAUCCGCGGACUCGCCAACACCCUCACAACGGUGCCACCCCCGGGUGCAGCAACGACUGUGAACAACACCAACAUCACGAUCCCUCCCAAGCUGACCAACAUCACCAUGCUCAACAUCAGUUCCAACGGAGUCUUCGAGAGCCCUGCAGCAUUCAACACGGUGACCGGUGAGCUGGUGUUGGUUGUGGUGCAGGAUGUUGGUUACUCCGAAACUGUAUCCGCCUCCUUUGUGCUGAUCAAUCCAAAGAAACCAGGAGCUUCCUCGUUCGAGAUCGUUCCCCAGCAUGUCUGCAACCUCACCAAAUCUAGUCUCACGGCUGCCAACCCCGUGCUAAAUGUCGCGCAAGGUUACUUCAUGAGGGUGUAUGCAUCGCAGAUAACUGAAGUUCCCUGCGCUGCCAACACCAUCACUGUCACAUUCAAAUCCAGUGUACAGCUCUCUGGCUCGAAGUAUCACUGCAACACCAAGAUCUACAUGUACGGGUUGGACGGGGCUUGUGUCAACGGUACAGAUGUCUCGGGAGUGAACGGCACAAUUCUCCCACAGAAGGAGCUGACUAUCGCCGGGGCUGGUGCUAGCAAGAUCAGCUCGAUGCUCUUCUACCCUGACACCAGGAUGUUCACUCUGCAACUCACUGGAGAUGUGAUGGCGAAGGAAGAAAUCGUGUUCUCGUUCGAUGUCAAGAAUCCCCCGUACGCACAGACUGCUCCAGACAUCUACAUGAAUUCCACUGACGUCGACAUCUCUACCGUCAAGAUCUCAAGGCCCAGCGACUCACAGAUCACCAACUAUGCCCAGGAUCCGCUUGAUGUCAAGGUACCAAAGUUCACCAAGAAGACCAUCGGACAGUCAACGGCUUAUCCGGGAGCUCAGAACGUCCUGACGGUGACUCUCCAGGCUAACGUGGACCUCGAGCCAGGCAGCGUCAUCAUCUUGGCCUCCUUCGGCAAAGCCAACGCCACUGACGGUACCUUGGCUCUCUCCAACGUCGGCGACUUGAACUCCACGUCAUAUUUCUCCGACCGUGUUGGUGGUACCGCUAACCAGGCGCUCUGGAAUGAACUUGACAAGAACCUCAAGCUGUUUGUCUUGACGAAGAUUCCCAGUGGCACGGACCUGAAGUUCAAGUUCACCCUGACCAACCCAACCUGCCGUCAAAACGCUGCUAAGAUUUGCGUGCGUGCCCGUGCGGUGUGCACGUGUGACCAGAACCUUGUGAUCGCAAGGAGAAUCAUGGACCAGGACACGCAGAACAGCGGGGACUGCAACUCUCGUCUUGGAGAUGCCGCCCCCUUGUUGAUCAGACCAUCCAACAUCUUGAACGCAACGAUCCAACAGAGUUCACACUACCCACUGAAGAGCAACAGCAUCACAAUCUCUUUCUACCUCCAGGCCACCAUCAGAGCAUCUCAGAAGCUCCGUAUUACCAACUUGAAACAAGCUCUGGCUCCCGACGCUCCGCUCCCAUCAUCACUCACGUUGGGUGGUAGCAGUGUCUCUGGUGCAUCUUGGAGUGCCAACGACCUUUUGGUUCCGGUCGCCUCUGAUCUAGCCUCUUGCACCAGCCAUACCAUCACGUUCACGGUCACCAACGGCAAGUGCUACAAGGACGCGAUACCGCUCAACAUCUCACUCGUCGAUUCCUGCGAGCCUCAGACUCCGUUGCAGCCUCAGCAGUUGCAAGAAUGCGGACUCAUCUCCACUCCAUUCCAGGUCCACGGCAGCUGCGACAGCUUGUCAACUACAGCCAAGUUCACGACGUACAAUGUGUCCCAGUCGUCUUCCUACCCUGGCUGCGCGAAUGUUAUCACUGUGAGCUUCCAGACUACUGUCCCCAUCCUGGUCUCAGCUGGUCAGAGGCUGGAGCUCUCGUUGAACUUCGACAAGUUCUGCUUCCAGGACAUCACCUGGAACAUGUCUGGUGAUCCCAACAUUGGCAGAGUCACAUUGGACAACGCUGCCUUCUCUAGCAACGAGGCUUACUGGUACAAGUCCAGCAUGAAGAUGAUACUGAACAUCACGCAAGACAUCGAUGCUUGCACCAUGUACAACUUCUCCUUCACCAUCAUCAACAACUACACGGCGUCCCAGGCCCAGACGAUCCAAAUGAGGACCUUGGGCGAGGUCACCCUACCCUCGGUCAACCUGCUUUCCCCUGCUGACAAGAUCUCCAGCCUCCCGAGCUCGGAGGCUGGAGAUCGUGCACCGUUCAAGGUCUUGAGCCCCGUUUUCAUCACCAAGAAGAUCAAUCAGAACAAUCCCCACCCAGGCGCGGACAACACGAUCAAUGUAACUUUCGCCGUGUCCGGAAAGCUCAGCAACGGCACUCGAAUCUACAUCUCGAACCUUGAUGGGGCUGUGGCAGCGGAUGGCGAUAUCACCUUGUCAGGAGACAGCGCUUCCUACUUCAACAGCCUCCCGGGAACUUCCAGCAAGGGUACCUGGGUGAACUGUGAGAAGGUGCUGAUCCUCGUGCUGAAUCGUGACGUGUGUGAUGGCACCGACCUCAAGAUUUCCUUUAAAGUGAAGAACCCUGUCGACCCUCAGGUGUGUGUCGAUGCCAAGAUCAACGCCACGGGCAUCAGAAACUGCCAGGGCGCCAUGUUCAACAUCGGCUCUACCAUGAUGGACAAGGAUACCUCAGAGCUCACGACCAUCUCUGGCGCUGGUUACGGAGACGCCUGCGCGCUUGUUGUCUGGCCAGCAGCGUUCUGUGUCAAGAGCAUUGGUCAGUCGUCCUCCACUCCUUGCGAAGUCAACACCAUCACCGUCACUAUCGCCACCAACGUUCCAUUCCCCAGCUCCAUCACCUGGCCCGAUGGCAGCCCUAUGACUUACCCGAGCAUCAGGCUCCUCGGGUUCUCGGGCGCGAGAGUGAGCAGCACCAACGGAAUGAUCGACGUUGCUGGCGCUUCCUCCUCGACGUUCCGUGGGUCUAAGACUAGCAAUGACGCCAAGGCCUUUGUCGAGACCAUCGGGGCGAAGUUGGCCGUGACGGUCUACAUCGCUAGCAACGACUGCUGCCAGCCCAACUCCAACAAAACCUCGUUUGUCUUCACGUUCGACGUUAUCAACCCUAAGGUGAAGCCGGCGAUCCUGGAGGCAGUUAGCAUCGAAGCUACCGGCAUCCCCAUCAUCAUCAGCUCCAUGAACGAUGUGUUGGAUAGCAGGCCAAUGAACAUCCAGUCGCCCGCCUUCUCCGUCAACACCAUCACGCAGAGCUCGAGCUACCCUUGCGCUAGCAACACCAUCACCGUCCAGUUCUCGCUCACUAAGCCGAUUGGAACAUCUUGCUCGGACUUGAGGCUCAUCAUCAGCAACGUGGGCAUCCCAUCCCAGCCCCUCCCGUCCGUUACCGCAGGGUCAAGCUUCCUUGCUGCACCGGAUUGGAAGGUCAACGUGUCUAACGGCUACUGGAACAACGCGUCGGUGGAGUUCAAGCUGAAUUCCUUGGAUGCUUCGACCACCGUCACCAUCCAGUUCCAGCUGACCAACUCGCACAUCCCAGCAGUCAACCACCUGAUCCGCAACAUCAGCAUCCCAGGAGUCGUCAAGGACUCUCCAGCUCUGCAGGUUUCCACCGGCCACAACCCAUUGACCGUAGUCGCGCCUGAGUUCAUGGACAGCAACUCCGUCCAGACCGUGCCUUACCCCUCGACCCCGAACACCAUUAGCAUCUCUCUGAGGGCGAACGUGCUGCUCGGAACCGCUUGCAAGACCACGAUCACGAUCGCUGGUUUCACAGGUAUCUGCAUCACCGACGUUCCUAACAGCGUGACUGUGAACAUCCCGAGCGUGUCUGACAGCAACGUGACCAAGCGCUGGGAUUCCACCACCUCAUCGCUGGUUGUUGAAAUCGACGCUCGCUCGACCGUGACAGGAAGUGACAACAUGAAUGUUAGCAUCUCGGUCACCAACCCGUCAUCCUCCCAGCCCGCCCCAUCGCUCACCGUCUCUGGUGCGAUCGUGCCAACUUCCGGGGUUCCUACUCAGUACAGUCCGUCCCCUUACAAGUUGAAGCAGAACGCGGCCGGAGUCAUCCCCAGCGCCGUGGUGUACGCGGGUACAGCACAGGAUGGCGUUCCUCUCGAAGUCCGCGGCUCUGCCAGCUUUGUAACCAAGACCAUCUCACAGUCGUCCGCAGAGCCUGGAGGCUCCAACGUCAUCACCGUCACCUUCCAGACCAGCGUUCCUCUCACUCAGAGCUCUCUCAUCACUCUCAGUGGCUUCAAACCCCUUGGAACCGUCAGCCUCACUGCAACUGGCUUCGAUCUUGACAGCUCGAGCACCAACACUAGUGUAGUGAUCAAGAGGAGCUCUGGUUCAGGAGCAACGGUUGCUGGUACUAACUACACUCUGCAACUGGGCGUGACCAAUCCCACCAAGCAUACGCUCAGCCCCGUCAUCUACAUCGAGACCAGCGAGAUUGCAACCAUUCGAUCGCCGUUGGACGUCAUCCGCGUACCUACCAACAUCACGGAUAUGCAAGGCAACAGUGUCACGGCACCGCUCAACUACUCCGAUCCUCAGUUCGUGGACCAUCCGCGCCUGUACCUCGGUUUGGGCUAUCAGGACUCCGCUGGCACCCCCAACAACGUUCAGCCCUUCUCGAUCGAUUUCAAGAGCAACAUCGAUAUCGCGUCCACCACGGCCAACCCAGUCUACGUGGUUGUGUACCCCAUCGUGGGAGUCAAGUCGCUUGUCAGUGUAGCGGGCGAUGCAGUUGAGAACUGCACUUCCUGCUCCGCUAGUCUCGCUGAGCUCAAGGACACAGAGCUCAGGAUGAAAGUCAAGUCCAUCACCAAGGACAGCACCAACACCAUCACCGUCCAGGUCAAGAACGGCAUGCAAGCGCAGGACGGACAGGCUCUUAGCUUGAAGAUCGUGUCUCCAACCCAGGACUUGGACUUCUUCCCCAUCCCUCUCGGCAAGAAGACGGACAAGAUCCUGCCGUUGGCGAUCAAGCCCAGCGUCUCCUUCACCACCAAGAGCAUCGGCAUCCUCUCUGCCAACACUCCGCCGGGCGCCACCAACACCAUCAGCGUGACCGUGCAGCCGGCGUACCCGCUCUUGGGAGACGACAUGUCUGAGAUCACCAUCAGUGGUCUGGUCGGUGCCUACAACGAGGACGGCCUCCUCCCGCUUUUGAAGGGAACCCCAACCUUCAAGUCCAACGCUCGUUGGAGUAAGAACAGCGGCACCGUCGUUGUGUCCGUGGCUGCCGGCAAGACCGUGUCGAGCACCAACACCACCGAGUUCUCCUUCGACCUCAUGAGCCCCAUGUACGAACAGGAUGGCACCAACAAGGUCUACAUCUCAGCGUCUGGCAGCAACCCGUACAGCCUGAGCGACAUGACCGUCGCCUCGAACCUGUACUUCUUCAAGGUCGUCAGCGCUAGCUUCAGCACCAAAACCAUCUCUCCCGGCAACUCGGCUCCUGGCGAGUCCAAUAUCCUCACCAUCAACCUCGCGGUCAGCAACACCGUGCUUGACCUCUACCGCCGCUCGGUCAUCACCAUCGAGGGCUUGACUGGCACGCAGACCGCUGACUCAGACUUGCUGGACAUCACGCCCACCAACAGCAGCACUUACCUCUACUCUCCUGCCUCCGUUGUGCUCGUCGUGCCAGACGCCAGCUGCAGCUCCAAGUUCAGGUUGAACUCCACCAGCACGACUUACACGGCCGGCAUCACCAACAAGACCAUCAUCUUCCUCAACGGCACGUGCAUGGGCAAGACAGCUUCUGUCAGCAGCUUCACCUCCGACUCUUGCGUGUCGAUCACCCUCGACGACGCCACUGCCAUGUCCACCUGCGUCAAGAAGGGAGACAUGCAGCCAGUCGGCAGGGUCUCGACGGCACAAUGGACGCGAGCUAGCGGCAAGCUUGUGAUGGGAGUCGGCAGCACCAUCGACUCCACAUCGACUGAGUUCAAGGUGACGGUCAAAAACCCGGUGCUGGCGCAACCUGCCGCUCAGGUCGUCGUCAUGGCCGGAGGAAAGAACACCAUCCCUGCCGAGCUCAUGAGCGGACAGGUUCUCCAGAUCACCCGGGCCUCCAGCGGCAGCCGCGUUGUUACCAGCUGCACGUGCACUGGUGGUUCUUCAUGCAGCUGCACAGGCGCCUUCUCCGGCCUCUCGUCAGGGACAAAGAGCUUGACUGUGGAGGUUCAGUGCAACAACCUGAAGAAGAUCAGCAGCAUUACUGCAGGAGGUUCGACUAUCUCUUCCAGUGCCAUCCUUGCGAUCCCCUCAACCUGCAAGGACGCUUGCGACGUCUACCAGAGUGUCCUCUCCGACCAGGCAGUGACUGUCAGCGGCGACACGUUCAACGUCGUCGUGGCGGCCGAGUACAACGCGGCCGACUACUGCAACGCAGGCAGCCAGUUCAAGGCGAUCUUCUAUCUACAGUGA